AUGGCGGCCUGUCUGGAGGAUGAAGCCGAGCGCAGAGCCGUCCGGAGAGCGCCGUACCUGCGCCGCACCGGGAGAUCCGUCAGCCUCCGGACAGGGUGGAGGCAGUAUGCAGUACGCAUCAAUAAACGCUUCAAACACUUACAAAUGCUUCAAAUGAGCUGCAGUCAUACACCGCGUUUUGGGCAUGUUUGGGGCUCAGAACUGCUGUGCAGACAGGCAGCUCGCUGGGAUUUGAGACACGGCCCUGAGCUGCAGUUCCAGUGUGUGGCCCACAGGAGGCGUAAGGACCGGCGUUCACUGCGCAUCUCAUCUGAGCUCGAGACUGAGAGCGCGUUCAUCGUCAUCAUCCUCAUCAUGUCUUCGGCGGAUCACACAGUCAUGCACGGCAUCUGGGGCAGUCACGCACCCGCGGGGAACGCGAUGGAGACGCCGAAGAACAAGGGCUUCAGCCUGAUCAGGAUGAUGUCUCUGAAUUACAGGAAGGAGAAGAAUCCGCAGCAGCAGCAGCAUCACAACAACAUGCCCUUCUUGAUCCACUGCCACAUCGGCAAAGAGAUCAAACACAUAUGCAGCAACUGCAGCCGCGGCAGCCACGCGCAGCACGCAGAGGAGCUGGAGAACCUGGCCUCCGUUCACGCCGAGACCCUGGUGUCCGGAUCACACUGCAGGAGCAGGCUCGCCUCUCUGGGACGCCUCUUCAAACCCUGGAAGUGGAGGAAGAAGCAGAGCGAGACGUUCAAGCAGAGGUCGACCGCUCUGGAGAGGAAGAUGUCGGUGCGUCAGAGCCGAGAGGAGCUGAUCAAGAGAGGAGUGCUGAAGGAGAUCUUUGAGAGAGACUCCAGAAUCACGGCUGUGACGCCGGCGGGCCGGAUGCAGAACGGACUGCUCUCAGACUGUGAGCGGACCGCGGAGGACAGACAGAGCACCGCCGCCCUUGACUUCCGCGUGUCUCUGGAUGGAGGCGUAUGUGCUCAGGACAACACGCUCAAGUCGCUCACGCUUCCUCCCAAGAAAACCGUCACCUUCCCCAGUGACCUUCAGGAGCCGCCCGCCAAACCUCAGCUCAUCCACAAACAGCCUCCCGCCCUGCCGCCCAAACCCUUCUCCAGACUGACCAAUCACAGCACAGACACAUGAAUGCUGUCGUCAUGUGAAUGUAAUCUUGUCCAUACACUGCAGUGUGAUCUUCACGAGCGUGAUGUUGAUGCUCAGAGGAUUGUGGGUACUUUUGCUGAUGUGCUGUGUGUGUGUCUGUGUCUGUAUCUGUGUGUGUCUGUGUGUGU